AUGAAGCGGAUCACUAAAGGCAUAGUGAAGGGCCUGGGUCUUCGAGUAGAUCAUCAGGUCAUGCCCGUAGAUGAGUUGCUGCGCGGUGAAUCGAUAUUUGCCAGUCAGAUAGCGAGCACAUAUUUUGAAGAGGAACCGCACACCUUGGAUUGGAUGCGGCAGAAAGUACCUUCGUACAUCCAGCUGCUCGAUUAUGUGUGCUCAAUAUUUCCAUUUACUGAUUGGAUUUUAAGCUAUAAUCUACAAUGGUUUCUCGGUGAUUUUAUCGCCGGCAUCACAGUAGGGGCUAUAGUUGUCCCACAGAGUAUGGCCUAUUCCAUCCUUGCCGGUCUUCCACCUCAGUAUGGACUCUACACGUCAUUUAUGGGCGUGUUAUUCUACUGGUUAUUCGCAACCUCCAAGGAUAUAAGCAUUGGCCCGGUAGCUGUUAUGUCUGCUUUGGUCGGCAAUAUUGUGGCCGAAGCUAAAUUGACAAAUCCACAUAUACCGACACCCGUUCUUGCAUCUUCGCUUUCCCUCGUCUGUGGUAUUAUCAUUACCUUCAUCGGUCUUGCUCGCUGCGGCUGGAUUGUUGAGCUAGUACCACUCGUGUCUAUUUCAGCAUUUAUGACGGGCUCCGCCAUCAGUAUUGCAAUUGGCCAAAUUCCUAGUUUGAUGGGUAUUUCUAGUAUUGAUACCCGAGUCAAUUCUUACAGAGUCCUCACCAAUACUUUAAGAAAUCUUCACCGAACAAGACUUGAUGCAGCUCUUGGUCUCAGUGCACUUUUUCUUCUAUAUUCUAUACGAUGGCUUUGUGCAUUUAGCAUCAAGAAACACCCGUCAAAGAAGACGCUCUUCUUCUAUCUAUCAACGCUACGCACUGUCUUUAUUAUCAUGCUAUAUACGAUGAUCAGUUGGCUUGUAAAUCGAAACAAUCGUAGGGAGCCUUUAUUCAACAUCAUCUCCGAAGUUCCAAGAGGUCUCACUGCUGCUGGUGUACCCCGACUUAACAGGUCAAGCAUCGCCAUGUUUGCCAGUGAACUUCCAGCCGCUAUUACCGUUCUUCUAAUUGAGCACAUUGCCAUUGCAAAAUCUUUUGGUCGGGUCAACAACUAUGUUAUUAAUCCAUCACAGGAGAUGGUUGCCAUAGGUAUGGCCAACAUACUCGGGCCAUUUAUCGGGGGAUUUGCCUCCACUGGAUCUUUUUCGCGGACAGCUAUCAAUUCAAAGGCUGGCGUACGAACACCAAUCGCUGGCGUUGUCACAGCUGCCGUAGUUUUACUAGCAAUAUAUGCUCUCCCAGCCGUCUUCCAAUAUAUUCCUAGAGCAACUUUAUCAGCUGUCAUAAUCCAUGCUGUUCUCGAUCUCAUCACUCCACCCAAUACCACUUAUCAGUUCUGGCGCGUCUCACCUAUCGAAGUACCAAUAUUGAUAACUGGUGUUAUAGUAACCCUUUUCUCGACAAUUGAAAAUGGAAUUUAUUCGACCAUGGUCGCAUCCAUUUUCUUGUUUAUAUUUCGUUUUAUCAAGGCUAAGGGAAAAUUUCUCGGUCGAGUAAAGGUCUUUUCGGCUACAGGAGAUAGAAUCCUUUGUGAUGAACGUAGACCCCUCUCAGUCGUGGAAGUUAAUAAUCCGAUCCAUCUAGAUGAGAUUUCAGAUGAGAUUUACCCGCGAAAUUUAUAUUUGCCGCUCGACCGUUCAGAUGGGGUCAAUCCAGAUGUGCGAGUGCAAGCUCCAUGCUCAGGGAUUUUUGUAUUCCGCUUUACUGAUGGCUUUAAUUAUCUCAACGCAAACCACCACUUGGACCAACUCACAGAUCAUAUACUCUCAAAGACCCGGCGCACUAGUGGGAUUUCUAACGUUCGAGCUGGUGAUAGACCCUGGAACGAUCCUGCACCGCGACAGAAUCCUAAUGAUGAAUGCGAGGAACUACCGACUCUGAAAGCAGUAAUACUUGACUUUUCGGCAGUUAACAAUGUGGAUAUUACCUCUAUGCAGAAACUGAUUGAUGUACGAAAUCAACUUGAUUUCUGGGCCCAUCCGAACGUAGUUGACUGGCAUUUUACCAAUAUCAGUAGCCCAUGGACAAAGCGUGCGCUUAAAGGGGCUGGUUUUGGCUAUCCCUCACUUCAAGAAAAUAGAUCAAAACGUUGGAGACCUAAUUUCAGCGUUGCGGAAAUAGUUAGGGAAGAAAACUCAGUUUCUGCUCCCAAGAGUACUCAAGUGAUUGAAUCUAAGCAAGAGCGUGAUCAAAAUACUCUGGGCUCCUCGGAUGCUAAGGUCAUUAAUAAUAGUUUCAACUUGGUGGAAAGUUCGAAACUCGAUGCUCGCCCACAUGUAAAUCUAAUUUUUGGGUUAAGUUGCCCCUAUUUCCACGCAGACCUCGCGGAUGCAUGGCUUAGUGUCGCCUUGAACGUGGAGAAGCAAAAUGAGAUGCAAGAGAUAAACUCAUCUCAAGAUCUUCCUUGA